AGAGAGGGACGAAGAGAGAGCAUUUACAGCCAGAGAGAGAGAGACAAAGGAGGGAAAACAGAUUGUGUGUUUGAAUGCAUCGCCUCUGGUGGAGCCUCAAUAAGGACGAGGAAGAGCAGCUCUGCAGUCUUUAGUGUGACAGCAUCACUUUCUGCUUCGGCCAGUUUGGAGCAGAGGAGCAGGAGGAAGUCAGAGGAAAACUUUAACCAGCUUUGGGGAUUUUAUUUGAUCAGAUAAAAGGAGCAUCUCGCUGAAACUGAGGAGCAAAGAUGAACCAAACUGCGUCCGUCUCUCAUCAGAUUGAGUGUCAGCCAAUCAAGGAUACCAAGGAGUUCGUGGACGUCAGCCCGCCGCAGAGGAACUGGAAGGGCAUUGCCAUCUCCCUGCUGGUGAUCGUGGUGGUCUGCUCGCUCAUCACCAUGUCGGUGGUCGUCCUCACACCUGCGGAGCUCCCCAGCAGCAGCAAGUCCGGGCUGACUGUGGCUGAUCUGUACAAAGCGGAGUUCAGCGUCCAUGACCCCGAGGCCACAUGGAUCAGUGAUUCAGAGGUGGUGUACAGGAACCGCGACGGUCACGUGAUCAAGUUCAACUUUGACUCCAACGAGACGGAAGUCAUUCUGACCAACAGCACGUUUAUGUACAGAUAUUCAUACACAGCGUCCUACAUUGUUUACAACAUCUACACCAGGGAGGUAAGGGAGCUCAACCCUCCGGAGGUUCACAACGCAGUGCUCCAACAUGCAUCUUGGGGAAGACAAGGACAACAGCUGAUCUACAUCUUUGAGAACAACAUCUACUACCAGUCAGACGUGAAGAGUAACUCUCUGAGAAUCACCUCCUCUGGGAUGGAGGGAGUCAUCUUUAAUGGACUGGCCGACUGGCUGUAUGAAGAGGAGAUUCUGCGCUCACACUUGGCUCACUGGUGGUCGCCUGACGGAGAGCGACUGGCUUUCCUCACCAUCAACGACACCUUGGUUCCCAACAUGAUUCUGCCCCAGUUCACUGGCAGCACCUACCCCAAAGGACUGCAGUACCCUUAUCCUAUGGCCGGUCAGGCGAACCCUGCCAUCAAGCUGUCGGUGGUCAACCUGUUCGGAGCGACACACACUCAAGAACUGCAGCCUCCUGAGCAGCUCAGGCUCAGGGAUUUCUACGUCACCAUGGUGAAGUGGAUCAGUGAUACUCACCUCACAGUACGGUGGGUCAACCGACCCCAGAAUGCUUCGCUGCUGACGGUGUGUGACGCGACCCUUGGAGUCUGUCUGCAGAGACACGAGGACUCUUCAGAGACGUGGCUCUCCCUGCAGAGACAGGAGCCGCUGUUCUCCAAGGACAGGAGCAGGUUUUUCCUCACACUGCCCGUGAAACAAGGAGGUCAGGGAGAUUUCCACCACAUCACAAUGUUCACCAAAAAGUUACGAAGUGAUCAGGACGAAGUUCGACACUUGACGUCAGGAGACUGGGAGGUGACAAAAAUCGUAGCGUACGAUGAAAACAACCAGAUCAUAUACUUUCUGAGCACAGAGGACUCUGCACAACAGAGACAUUUAUACAGUGUGUCCACUCUCGGCCUGUUUCCACGACGAUGCCUCACCUGUGGACUGAAGGAGGACUGUUCGUUCUUUGACGCCGACGUCAGCACCGAUGCACAGCACGCUAUCCUGCACUGCAGAGGUCCUGGAGUUCCAGCUGUGCUGCUUCUGAGUUUUGAUGACGUGGACUCGUACUUCAUCUUAGAGAACAACCUCCCUCUGCGGUCGGCGCUGGAGACUAAAAAGAGGAUUCAGAGUGAAAUCCGGAUGAUCGCUAAUGACAACUUUGAGCUGCCUCUGAAGCUCAUCUAUCCUCCUGACUUCUCCGAGUCCUACCUCUACGGCCUUCUCCUUAUUGUCGGCAGUGCUCUAGGCGGCCAGGCGGUGACAGAGGAGUUCAGGCUGGACUGGGACUCAGUGCUGGUGGAGUCAGAGCAGGUCAUUGUAGCUCGACUCGACGGCAGAGGAUCCAGGUUCAGAGGGCAAAGGGUUUUACAACAGGUCCAUCACAGGCUCGGCACGGUGGACGCAGAGGACCAGUUAGCGGCUCUGGAGUACCUGGCGAAGCUGCCGUUCAUCGAUCGCACUCGUGUGGGAGUCUUUGGAGAGGACUACGGCGGCUUCCUCACACUGACGAUGCUCAAGUCGACUGAGAAGCUGAUCAGAUGUGCCGCGGCUCAGGCUCCUGUCACUGACUGGUCCAUGUACGCUUCUGCGUUUUCGGAGAGAUACCUCGGCUCACCUUCGACUGAGGAGAACAGAUACCAAGCAUCCAAAGUCCUGACCAACAUGAAAGGUCUGCAGGGAGGAACUCUGUUUCUGGCUCACGGCACUGCUGACGCCAACGUUCACUUCCAGCACUCGGCAGAGCUCAUUAAACACUUGAUAAAGAUCGGAGCCAACUAUACUAUGCAGAUCUACCCAGACGAGGGACACUUUCUGUCAAGACGCAGCCGGAUUCAGCUGACUCACUCCCUAAUUGCCUAUUUCCGAGGAUGUCUGCUUGACGCAUCAUCAUUACUUGACCAACAACAGCGGGAUGACGAGUGAGAGGCAGCGUGGUUGUUAUAACUGGACCGUGUGUGUUUAAGAGUGUAUGUGCCCCUGGUAGACUGAGCGUGUGUGUGUGUGUGUGUGUGUGUGUGUUUUAUACCUGUAGCACAACAUUUGAUGGACAAAACAAGCUUCUUCUCAACAUAUCAGUUAUAGUUUCUAUCACUCAUCAGCUCAGUAGAAUAAAGCUCCUAUAAUUGGCUCUGCUGUCAGGUGUCAUGAUGACAAUAGAGGUUUAUCAGAGAGAUGUUGAGUAUGUGAAAUGUUGCCUCUGUCUCGCUGACAGAACAUUGAAAGUGUUAAGGUUUUUGGUUUGAUGGCGAGAUUUUAAAAUUCUGCAGAAUGUGGGGGAGGUUUGGAAGAGGAGGUCAUAAAAUCUGAAAAGUGAUUAACUUGCACAGGAAAGUACAUCUGUGAAAUACAGCAGCUUGGUCAGAAGCCCUACGCUUCAAACUGUGACACCCUAGGUACCCCUCUAGCAUUAGUUUUGGAUCCACAGGGACAGCGGGUCAGUUUCUGCUCAUUAGGCCCAGUUCAAACCAAAGAUUUUAGAACAUUGCAGAGAAAAGUUGAAGCAGUGUGAGCGGUCUCAAGCCGGCUGAUGGUGUCAUCUGCAACUCAGCUGGUCAAACACGCCGACAGCUGCACGUCACCUGUUUCGACAGCCAAUAAGCCUGUAAUGGAGAUGCUCGUUUUGUUUGACGUUUCAUCACUUCUACAAAUGCAGCUGUAGCCAGUAUCUCACUAUCGCUAUCCUCAUUCAUAUUUUAAGAAGCUACAAAUUAUAUUCAGCCACAAAAUAAACAAAU